UCCUUGACAACAAUUACAAGCAUCUAAUUAUAUCAAACCACAAAUGAGUUCUUUUAAUAACUUCCCAUAUCUCUCUCCUCCACCACCAACUCCACCCAGCUACCCAAUUUUCCCCUCACCACCACCAUAUCAGCCAUACGUUCCUCCACCACCACCAUAUCAGCCAUAUGUUCCACCACCGCCAUAUCAGCCACAGGUACCGCCACCUCCUCCUGUGCUGUCACCACCACCACCUCCUCCACCUAGCCACCCAAUUUCACCACCACCACCACAUCAUCCACACUCUCCACCACCACAUGUGCAUCCGCCACCACCAUUUCCUCCUCCACCCUCACCCGAUAAUCAACCUACGGUCAUAAUCAUUGUGAUUGUCUCAUGCGGUGGCCUUUUCCUCCUUGCAUUCCUCGCAUUUGCGCUAUGCUGUUUCAUCAAGAAGAAGAAGAAAAAGAAGAUUGAAGAAACAGACAUUGUUCAUGUAGAUGAACAUCUGAAAGUCAAGGAGGCAAUAGUGCCUGGUGGCCACGGACAAGAAUUGGUGGUGCUGGAGAUUGAGGAUGAUGUUCAUGUGGACGAAGAGAUUAUCAAGAAGGAGAAGGUUGGUCAAGGUUUGCAUCAUGCAAAAUCUGCAGGGGAAAACAAAAGCAUCAUAGAGGCUGGAGCAUCUUCUUCUGCCAUCCUUGCAUUCCUUGCAUUUGUUCUAUGUUGUUUCAUCAAGAAGAAGAAGCAAAAGAAGGUUGAGGAAACAGACAUUGUUCGUGUGCAUGAACAUCUGAAAGUCAAGGAGGCAAUAGUGCCCGGCCCCCACGGACAAGAAUUGGUGUUGCUGGAGAUUGAGGAUGAUGUUCGUGUGGACGAGGAGAUUAUCAAGAAGGAGAAGACUGGUAAAUUAAAGGUUUGCAUCAUGCAAAGUCUGCAGGGGAAAACCAAAGCAUCAUUGAGGCUGGAGCAUCCUCUUCAGCCAUGGACGACCAUCAUCCUCAACACAAAUCCUAAGAUUCCAAAAUUAAUAAAUCCUGGUUAAGAUUUUAUGUUAAGAUCCAAUUAAAUAAUUAAUGCUACUAGCACAAAUUGGCCAGUAGCAGGAUGCUGUUUUCAAUGAUUCUGGAUUAAUAAGGUAAUUCCACCAGGAUUUUAAUUAAUAAAGGUGGUGAUUGGUGUCCAAAUCCUUUCUAUAUGUCAUUUGAAGCCAUUCAUGCCCUACUUGGUCACAAGUAAUUGCUGACUCCAAGGGCCUCCUGAAUGUUACUUUGUAUAUCAUUGUGACAUUCUCUCUGAUAAAUUGCCCAUGUUUUUUUUCUUCCGCUGUGGGUUGUUGGAUAUUAUUGUUUGGAUUGGUUUGGGAAUUUAUUCCACCAAGAGGGCUUGUAGAGGCUUAUGUGGUGCUGAUGAUCUAGAGAUAAGUCUCUUUAUGGGACAGGUUAGUGGCAAAUGAAGAUACCGAGUGGGGGUGUUUGAGUGAAGGUUGUUGGUGAAGAGACUAGCUCCUCAAGUUGUAACCUUAAUAGUAGAGUUUAUAAAUUUUAGCUUUUAAU